AUGGCAAGAUGUUCGGCGCUGGUGUCAGAGAUAUCCUGCAGCGGCAAGCGCUACCUAGGCACGAACUUGAUCUCCAAUGCAGCAGCUUUUCAACCAGGACUUUGCCUUGCGAAAGAACAAGAGACCAACAGCACGGCAUCUGGAAGCGCUGAGAAUCGUACGUCGAGCACCAUGGAAGAUCAUACACUGCACGAUUUCUACCUGCGGUCAUGGUUUAUUGCUGUCAAAGAAGGCAUGGGCUCCAUUGUUUGUGUCAUGAGACGAGUCAAUAGCACAAUCGGCUGCAGGAAUGACCACAUCCAGAACACAGUGUUGAAGGGCGAACUUUGCUUCAAAGAUUGUGUUGUCCCGGGUGCAAGAGCGCCGGUAAAUAGAACGAGGGGCAUACCCAGCUACAACACUGCGCUUCCUCAGAAGACAUCAUCAAGGAGCACGCUCUCCGCAUCGUCACAACACAGCUCAACCUCAAUAUACCACAGGAAGAGUAUUCUAAAGUCGGAGAGGUUGGGGCUAAGAUCAUACGCAAGCCCUCGAGCCGUGCCUUUAUCCGCAAGGCGGCUAGCGAGUCUACCAUCUUCUCAAGAAUGA